GAUAUUUUUAAACAAUGUUUUUAAAACAAGGUUUUAGUGUUUUUAAGAUGUCAACACGUUUACCGGUUUUUAUUGCGAAAAACAGUCUACAUAGAAUGUAUUCGACUACUACAUCUUCUUCUUCACGUAAAAUCCUGUAUGGAGGAUUUGUUUUUAGUGCAGCAGCUUUAGGAUAUGGGUAUUAUUGUAUUAAACACAAUUCAAAACCGCUUGAUUUUUUAAUUGGCAAAAAAAUUACUGAAAAGGAUUAUUACAAAGUAUAUCAAGAAAUAGCGGAAUUAAUGGAUUCUGAUGAUGUAGAAAAUUAUGAUGAUGGUUCUCUUGGACCUAUUUUAGUUCGUCUUGGAUGGCAUUCUUCUGGAACAUAUAACAAAGAAAACAAUAGUGGAGGAUCAAAUGGUGCAACAAUGCGAUUUGAGCCAGAAUCUAAGCAUGCUGCAAAUGCAGGUCUUCAUGUUGCACGUGAUGCUUUAGAAAAAAUUAAAAAAAAGAAUCCUUGGAUCAGUUAUAGUGAUCUUUGGACUUUGGCCGCUGUGUGUGCAAUUCAAGAGAUGUCUGGUCCAGCUAUUCCUUGGCGUCCUGGCCGUAUUGAUGGUGUCUGUACUCAAUGUCCUCCAGAUGGUUUAUUACCCGAUGCAUCAAAAGGACAGGAUCAUUUACGAAAUAUUUUUUACCGUAUGGGAUUUAAUGAUCAAGAAAUUGUUGCUUUAAGUGGUGCUCAUGCAUUAGGACAGUGUCAUACGGAUAGAUCAGGUUAUAUAGGACAUUGGACUUUUUCGCCUACUGUGCUUACAAAUGAUUAUUAUAAAUUGCUGUUAAGUGAAAAAUGGGAUCAAAAGAAUUGGAAUGGACCAAAGCAAUUUGAAGAUAAAACUAAAAGUUUAAUGAUGCUUCCUACGGAUAUUUGUCUUAUAAAGGAUAAGGAAUUUAAAAAGUAUGUUGAGCUUUAUGCAAAGGAUGAAAAGAAGUUUUUUGAAGAUUUUUCAAAAGCGUUCAGUAAACUUUUAGAAUUGGGUGUUCCUCGUUUUGAUCAAGAUCCUAUUAUAUUUAAGCCUCUUAGAGUUUAA